GACUAUGAAUAAUUAUAAAGAAGUCGAUCAAGUUUUGAUAAAAAGAAAAUGGUUACUAGCUUUUAAUUUAUGUCUUAGAGAAUCAAUAAAUCGAAGUAUACUGAAAUAUUCAAGUGAUGCACCACAUGAAAUCGCUUGUCUUAUUGAAGAAUUGAAGGACUAUGAUGAUUUAUAUGUAGUAGAUUUUGUUGAUGAAAAUAAAGCCAAUGAUGUAUGGGAUGGU